CAGCAGAGGACAGCACACACACAGGCGGGCAGCCGGGCGAACGCGGGCAGGAUUAAAGAAUACACACAAACAAUAACAUGGACUGACAGCAGAAGAAUUUUUCUGACUCAAAAUCCACACAAAAAGAAAUAGGGUUCUCUUUAUUUUACGUGAAGCCCCGGCAAAAGAGUUGAAACACAUUUUUAACUUCGAGUUUUUAUUUUAUUUUAAAUGAUCAUUAUUUUCCUUCCUUUCCAGUUAAGAAUAUAUAUCCCGGGCUAAAUUAUAGUUUUUAUAUCGAUUUUUUUUUUAUAUCUUCUCUUCACGCACCUCUCGGUUUCUUUUCGAGUAGCUCUUGACCCGGCUGAUAAUCUUUGGCUUACACAACGUAAAUUAUUUUGCAUAUUUUAAUAACUCUUAGCAGUAUUGCGAAUUUUCCACAUCGCUGGAGCUGUGGGAAGCACCGCUUCCAUUGGAUAUCAUCAAAUCACGUGGGAGUCAUCACGUGGCCCCGGGAGGAAAAAGGGGUGCUUUUUGGUGUAAAUCUGGACUCUAAUUCUAUAAUAUAUCACAGUACCUCGUAAAACCGACACUAAAACGUCCCGGCCUACAAAUCACUCCGCCAAAUUAUGAGUUCUUUGUAUUAUGCGAAUGCUUUAUUUUCCAAAUAUCAAGCUGCAAGUUCGGGUUUCCCGACCGCGGGAUUUCCAGACCAAACUUCAUGCGCGUUUGCCACCGGUUCCCAAAGAGCCUCCGGCUAUGGUUCGGGGUCCGGUGCAGCUUCGUUCUCCUCCUCUGUGCCGGGACUCUACAGCAACGCGGGCGGCGUGCACCCACAAAAUCCGGGCAUGUACCCCGCUGGCUACGGUCUCAACGCGGGUUCGUUUAACAUGCAUUGCUCCCCGUUCGAGCAGAACCUUUCAGUGAUGUGCGCCGGGGAUAAUCCCAAACAAACCUGCAGCAAAGCGGAGGAGAGAGACUCCGACCAGCUGAAUGAAGCCAACUUCCGGAUCUAUCCUUGGAUGCGAAGCUCAGGCACAGACAGGAAGAGGGGUCGACAGACUUACACCCGGUACCAGACCCUGGAGCUGGAGAAGGAGUUUCACUUCAACCGCUACCUGACGAGGCGGCGGCGCAUCGAGAUCGCCCACUCACUGUGUCUGACCGAGCGGCAGAUCAAGAUCUGGUUCCAGAACCGCCGUAUGAAAUGGAAGAAGGAGAACAAGGCCACGGGACAGAGCCCGUCAACCGAAGACAAGCCUGGGGUAGAGGAGGAGGAGGAGGAGGAGGAGGGGGAAGAGGAGUGAAAGCAAGCAGCGUCCCUGGUCUGAAACACAAAAACACACCAACAGAAAAAGAAACACAAGACAAAUUAUAUAUAUAUAUAUAUAUAUAUAUAUAUAUAUAUAUAUAUAUAUAU